AUGGCCUCCCUUCGCGUUUCGGCGCUGCUCCCGCGGAGACUUGCCGCCUCCAGCCCGCGAGUCUACCUAGGGGUGCGAUGCGCAACGACCACCCUCCGACCCGCCCUUCAACACAGUGAUAGACAGCGCCUCAUCAAGCGAUGCUCGUACUCGACCGCUCCGUCAACCGAACCGGGGACGCUGGCUCCCAAGAUCGAGCGUGGAGCGUCGAAGCUGUUCGAGAGCGCGGACGCCGCCGUCGCCGAUCUGCAGAGUGGAUCGAUUGUUCUCAGCUCGGGGUUUGGACUUUGCGGGGUGGCAGAAACCCUUAUUACUGCCAUUCAGAAACGGGGAGCAGAUAAUCUACACUCGCUGACUGCCGUGUCGAACAAUGCCGGGAUAGCAGGCAAGGGCGGGCUGGCCCUUCUCACACAGGCAGGACAAGUGAACCGGCUCAUUCUGUCAUACCUGGGGAACAACAAGGAUCUGGAGAAGGGGUACCUCACGGGCAAGAUUGCCGUGGAGCUCUGUCCGCAGGGCACGCUUGCUGAGCGUUUGCGAGCUGGCGGCGCGGGCAUUCCGGCGUUCUAUACGCCGACGGGAGCGCAUACACUGUUGCAGGAGGGCGAGAUCCCCGUCCGUCUCGAUGCAUCGGGCAAGGUGCUGGAACGGGGCCGUCAGCGUGAGACGAGAGUUUUCAAGGGCAAGACGUAUCUCAUGGAGGAGGCGUUGACCGGUGAUGUGGCUAUUCUGAGGGCAUGGAAGGCCGACGAAGCCGGGAACUGUGUUUUCCGGUAUACUACGAAAGCUUUCGGACCUAUCAUGGCCAAAGCCGCCACUCUCACGAUCGUGGAGGCAGAGAACAUUGUCCCCGUCGGUUCCAUCGACCCCAACGACGUCGAUCUCCCCGGUAUCUUCGUGGACAGGAUCGUCCCGGCCACGGCGGAGAAACAAAUUGAGAUCAAGAAGCUGCGGCCAGCUGCGGACGGGAGUGCAGAGAACAGUGCCAGCCCGGCGAUUGUGCAAAGGAACCGCAUUGCCAAGCGGGCUGCGAAGGAGCUCAAGCAGGGUUACUAUGUGAACCUGGGAGUUGGAAUUCCCACUCUCGCACCGUCUUUCUUGCCUGAAGGCGUCAAGGUGUGGAUUCAGUCGGAGAACGGAAUCUUGGGAAUGGGACCCUAUCCUACCGAAGACGAGGUCGAUCCGGAUAUCAUCAACGCCGGCAAGGAAACCGUUACUUUGGUACCCGGUGCAUCCACCUUUGACAGUUCCGAAUCUUUCGGCAUGAUCCGCGGCGGACACGUCGACGUGUCGAUCCUAGGAGCUCUGGAAGUUAGCGCCAACGGUGAUCUAGCCAACUACAUGAUCCCGGGCAAGGUCUUCAAGGGCAUGGGUGGCGCGAUGGACCUCAUCUCCAACCCGGAGCAGACCAAGAUCGUCGUGGCCACCAGCCACGUCGCCAAGGAUGGAUCCCCGAAGAUUGUGCAGGACUGCAACUUGCCUCUGACGGGGGCUAGAUGUGUCAGCACCAUCAUCACUGACCUGUGUGUCUUCCAGGUGGACCGCGAAAAGGGUACCCUUACCCUGACGGAGCUGGCGCCUGGUGUGGAUGUCGACGAAGUACGCAGCAAGACGGCGGCCAAGUUCGACGUGGCGAAGCAAUUGGAGACGAUGGAGUAG